GGCUGAAAAGAAUAGGCGCAAAGACUUUUCGAUUUGCCCUCGUAUAUUGAAGGUCUGCAUGUCCAUAUACUUCCCACCAAUUUCGGCAAGGGUACUAUUAGGGCGGGGGCACACCAAGGAAACUCGCAACCGCAAUUUCAGAGAACUGGUAUCGUUGCCGUUUCCUCAAUUUGCGCUGCUCCAUUCAGUAAGGGCCAUGACACACGGAGCGGUUUUCGCCGACUCGGCGCGUAGUUCUAUUGCAUCAUAUUCUCGGAAGUUGCGGUUGCCAGUUUCCUUGAUGUACCCUCGCCCUCAGUCUCCUUUCGAGUUGCGUUGCCGUUUCCUCAAUUUGCGUUGCUCCAUUCACCAACACGUGUUCAACUCAGGCCGAUAACGAUUCUCGGAAAUCGCGGCAAAGAUUACCUCUGUAACACACCCCAAACAAAUGCACUCUAACACCGUUAAUUAAUGCUUACUGGUGCUCUCUUACAGAACGUUCCCUUUUUGCGCGCGGAUGUGUACUUGAUGUGUGUGAUUUGGUGGUGUGACUUUUUUUGUACAAUUCAAUCCGAAAGCGCGAUGGUUGUAUAUUAUUAAAUCUAUAAUUACCGAGCUGUAGGCCCACUUUCAUCCUCAACUUCGCAAUAGUGAAUCCACAUGAAAAAAGUUGUUUUUGUGAGUCACAUAUGGUGUGGUCACUCGUUAUAUGAAACAGGAACUCUGGGACCAGUUUCAUCCACAUCUUUGCAACAGUGAAUCCUCCAUGCAAAAAAGUUGUGUGUUCUUGUGUAAAAUAAUCAGUAGCUCUUAUUUUAAAAUGAGCAGUUUUUAUAUGUGUUGUGUGAAUUCUUGUUUAUGUGUGGCAUUGUUUAAUUCAAUAAGAAGCAGACACCACUAUUAAGCAGUGUUCAUCACACAUCACUGGCAUGGAACGCGACACUUCGAUUGGCUUCUUUGAGCUGUCUCGUCUGAACAAGGUGUUACCUCACACUGCGACGACAACAGCUCUGGAAGUGCUGAAUCUUCAAGAAGGUGCUUUCAACAACAGUGACGUGAAGCAGUGAGGGAGUUGGCACCAGACUGUCGACAUUGACGCGACUGUUGGGAUAAACGACAUCGUGUUCAUAGUUGUGGCAGGUGCUGCACUCUAUUGAAUUACUCCCGUUCCAUGGCCGCCAUCGUUUCUAUGUUUGUGACCGGAAGAUGCGUUCUUGGUUGUUUCUGUCAGUGUUCCUUUGUGAUGGCCAGAGACGAGAGCAACACAGGGGUGGGUAGGCGUGCUUAAAUUCUGGUUCAUCACAACAAUGCUUCAUCGGGCGCCAUCGCGCAGGCGCACAGCGUUUCGCAGUACUGGAGUUUCUUCAACGAGCUCUGCACAGACAGGUUCAGUUUCGUCAUGCUCCAGCAGAGGAAGAAUCAACACUAAUGUGACUGGUCGCAAGGUGGGGGUUUUGGACACCCGGAGUCCCACUGAAGGGUCAGAGAACUGGACCAGCACACCGACCAGGGGCCCGCGUUGCAGCGUCGGAGGAGGCGAUGUCGUGCCGUAUACAAACCGAAGUCCAAGAAACAGUUUGGUACCGGAAAAUAAAAGGACAAAUCCCAGAAGCAGUCCGGUACCAGAAUGUGAUCCUAGUCCCAGAAACAGUCCGGUACCAGAAUACGAUCCUAGUCCCAGAAACAGUCCUGUACCAGAAUACGAUCCUAGUCCCAGAAACAGUCCUGUACCAGAAUAUGAUCCUAGUCCCAGAAACAGCCCGGUACUAGAAUACGAUCCUAGUCCCAGACACAGUCCGGUACUAGAAUACGAUCCUAGUUCCAGAAGCAGUCCGGUACUAGAAUGCGAUCCUAGUCCUAGAAACAGUCCGGUACCAGAAUACAAUCUUGGUCCUAGAAACAGUUUAGUACCCGAUUCAAAUAGAAAUUCUAGAAGCAGUUUAGUGCCCGAUUCUUGUCGCAGCCCCAGAAACAGCUUAGUACCUGAUCCAACUAAAGGCUCUAGAAGCAGUUUAGUACUCGAUUCUUGUCGGAGUCCUAGAAACAGCUUAGUACCCGAUCCAAAUAGAAGCCCUAGAAGCAGUUUAGUACCAGAUUCUUGUAGAAGUCCUAGAAAGAGUUCAGUACCCGAUCCAAGUAGAAGCCCUAGAAGCAGUUUAGUAUCCGAUCCAUACCGGAGUCCUAGAAACAGUUCAGUGCCCGACCUAAAUAGAGGCCCUAGAAGCAGUUUAGCAUCCGAUCCAUACCGGAGUCCUAGAAACAGUUCCGUACCCGAUCCAAAUAGAGGCCCUAGAAGCAGUUUAGUACCCGAUCCAUACCGGAGUCCUAGAAAUAGUUUAAUCCCGGAUUCUAAUCGGAGUAGAAGAAGGAGCUUGGCACCAGAUUUUAACAGGAGUCCAAGGAGCAGUCUAGUUUCUGGCUCAACUAGGAAUCAAAGAAACAGCUUGAUUCCAGAAGCGUUUGAUCGGUGUCCGAGGGGAAGUCUUGUACCGGAUGGGGGAAGUAGCAGGAGGAGUCCACGAGGAAGCAUCGCCUCUGCUUCCGGAGUAGUUGAAGCUGCGUUCGAUAGGGCAGUUACCUUCAUGGAGACGGAGCAACCAGGUACAUCACGCGGUACUAGGAGCCUGUCACCCUACAGAAUGUCAGUGUCGGCUAGAGGCGCUCAGAUGAACUUUGGCUACAGUGGCGGAAUGGAAUCUCGACGAGCAAGCAGCAAUGUCAGCCAAGUGUCUUCAGACGAUCGGCGGCACCUCUUUGAACGCAGCAGGUUAAGUUCUGAUGUGGGACUUAGUGAAUAUGGUUCUUUUGUCUACCAGCUGAACGACGCCCAUGUGGAGGCGUCUGGAAGUUGUGAUUUCAUGUGCCGCGCACUACAGAUUGUGUACAAGACAGUGGUGGUCACCGUGAUCCUAAUGUGUCUGACGGCUCUUCCUUUAUUCAUGCUUAUCAUGGGGGUGCAGUUUCUGCGGGACUGCCCCGUAGAGCCUCAGAUUCCAGUGUACAUGCUGGUAGGGGGAAGUUUCGGGACGCUGAAGAUGCUGUGGCUCUUGUGGCGACAGAUAAGCUCACGGCGCUACGAGCUUCUAGACCUCACAGCCCAAGUUUCCAACCUUGACGAUGGCACACUAGUACCAUCUGCUGGCACACGAAUGUUAUCAACGGCGCUCUCUCUGUUCCUCGUCGUUUGGUUCGCCCUUGGGAACUACUGGGUCCUGCACGUCGCCUGGCCGGAUUUUGAACCUACUCUGUUCGAACCCAACAAAUGGUGCCACAAAACGCUGUACCUGUUUGCUUUAGUUCACUUCAUUGUUAUUUAUUCCGUGUUUGCGCUGGUGGGGAUUGUUGCUAUUAUUCUCUUGUACUGCUACCUGCUGAAGUGUCCUGUACUUACACGGUACAAGUAGGACACGGAUCAAGGCCUUCAGCCGGCCUUGAGGGCGAAGGACACCGCAGUGUGAUCCUUGGAUGUCUUGUGCUGUCAUGGUCGUCAGUAAGCCUCGUGCUUCCAGUGGGCGAUAGGUUGGUAUAAUUGUGAUAUGAUGCUUCUCGAAGGCGCUGAAAUCCGUUAACAAAAUCUUUGGAAGAAGAAAUUUGCAAAGUCUCCUGAUGUAAUGGUUAGAAAUGAGCGUGAUUCCUUAUUCCUCUGUUCUGAAAAUGCUUUAAUUGGCCUUCCUACAGAUAUGUCACAUAUUUCAAAGCACUCUCUUCUGGAAUAUAACGCUGUGUAGUGCGUUGAAAGUCAACAGACGUUUCGAAGGAACAUGUCGCUUCCAUCUUCGGGCUCGAAGAAUAAGCCGAGCAAGAAACCAUCACGUAAGCAGGUGCAAGCAGAAUUUCGCCCUGGUUUCUUGCUUCGGCGCUGAAUAUGAAUGUGACAUGUUCCUUCAAAAUGCCUGUUGACUUUCUACGGACUACACAAUGUUAUAUCUCAGAAGACAGUACUGAUUUGAGGUAUUUAGGAAGUUCGGCGUUUGAAUGCCCUCACGUGGGAUGAUACACAUACGACGUUCUGUGAUGAGCCGAUCAGGUACUGAAGUAAUAUUAUAGUUAUUACCUCUUACAGUUCUAGAGGUUUCAGUGUUGGUGUUACUAAUGAGAGGGAUUAUAUGAAGUAUGCCGUUGAGAUGGCCUUAGGUGGUAUGACGUAUGUGCCGAGUUUCGUAAAGAUCGGUUCAGCUGCCCAGCAUUUGUUACGGUGGGUACUCAUACAGCAAGGUGAUCUCAUAAGCCUACUUUCUUUUUUAAAAGUACGGAAAGUAAAAAAAGUAAUUUGAAGAUUGUGUUUAAGAACGGCUUCUGUUUCUGUAAUUUUGGCAACAAAUUUGAUUUUCUUUUAUUUCGUAGAUAUGAUGCUGAAUCAAAAUUCAUUAAGUCGGAACUCUGUGAUUCUUAAAUACAGCGUUAAAAAUAUGCAUUGGAGGCUCUCAUUGUGGUACCUGUGAAGUGUACUAUCCCCUGGGGUGUGAAACUACGCAGUCUGAUAGAUGUUCACCGACGUUUCGGUGGAACCUACUCGCUCCAUCUUCAGCAGCGAAGAGCAAGCCAAACAACCAGCAUGAAAGAAGCUGAAAUCAGAAGUGUUUGCUUGUCUUCUACAUGAAGAUGGGGGCAGAACGUUCCUCUGGAAUAUCGGUGAGCGUUCACCGCACUAAACGGAAUCACAGUUCGGUUCUUGUUUAAACGGAUUUUAAUGUCUCAAAUCUGGCUUCAUAAUACGGUGCGUGAGAAGUACUGCCAUCUGCCGCCUCCUUGCCCAGUUCCCCCUGCUCUGUUGGGUCACUGUUACGCAACGAUGCUAUACGGUUAUUGCCAUAAUCAUGAAGUCUUUGUCUAUGAAAUACAUAUUUUGUUGCAGAACGAAGUAAACAACGAAAGGACGUUCUCUUGAUUUUCUCUUAAUCUUCGUCCGCUAUACGCCUCUCUCUCUCUCUCACUGUCUCUGCCGUCUUUCUACGAAUUACACACAUAUAUUUUUUCGACGCCACAAAUGGCAUGAAACCUGCAUUCAGUGACCGUCCUUUUCUUUAAGAUCUGUACUGCAUUUCACUUUCUUAAGACGUGAACAAUUACCAGUUGUUUGUGGGGCCAUUACGGCGAAACAUAAUGUCAUAAUGACUGAUAUAAAAGUUAAGUACAAAUUAAUAUUAUAACAUUUGUCUACUAUUUUAUAAAUUUGUAUAAAAUUUUGGAACCAAAAUGUAAUAAACUGGUGACUGAAUUUGUUUAUUUACAUUCACGUCUUAAAUUAAUGUGACUGAGUACAGAUCUUUUGAUGUAGAUUGAUCAUAAGGCAUAUUAUUGUAUUCUGAAAUAUAUUUAAUCUCCCGUAUUAGGGAUUUGUCAUACCAAUAAUAUAUAGAUACCACUAUUUUAAGAAGAAUAGUUUGAAUUUACUGAAAUGACUUUUGAAGUAUGUGCACAUAAGAUGUAACAAAAUGUCUCCUGGACCCCUAUCCCGAUGCAAAUUCCUCACACAAUACAAAUAUAAUGAGCAGUGUUAAUCCUGUUGAGAAUCCAAUUGAAGGAAUGGUUACCCGCCCCAUGAAGCGUCGAGUCCCAUCUAGCGGUGUCAGAACGUAAUUCGUCUGUCAAGCAAAAAUCAAAUAGUUAAUACAAAUACAGUUGGUAUUGCAGACCAAAUUGUACAUUAACUAGAUAUAGUUUAUUGUUGUCACAUAUUGAGUAAUACAAGAUAAAUGGACCACGUUUAUAAGACUUAAAGAUUUCAAUUAGGAAAGUUUAAUUAGAUGUUUAUAACAGAUUCAUGUAAAUUGGAAUUGAAAUAAACAUGGGGGCCGCCAGGACUUCUUCUGAGGAGGUGGAGCCAGAAGCUUUGCUCGCAAACUUACGCAGCAGAUCAAGAAUAUUUUUUAAUAACCGAUCGUCCAAGAAUUUUCAGGAUGGAAGAAUAUUUGUUUUAAAAUAAUUUUAAAAUUUUGUAUUUACGAGUAUAUAAGGUAGUUUUUUCUGAUUAUUUAAAAAAUCCAGGGCGGAACUUUUGCCUGCCUUACCCCAUGCCUGCCGGCGCCCAUGAAAAUAACCUGUUUAUCAUAUUCCCUGCACCUGUCAUAAAGCAGGCCUCUGUGAAAUUCAGUAAAUGUAAGAAAUCAGCCUGAAAUUCAGUAUGUUUAGUAUUAUCGUGUAAUAAACCACAAACAACACGUUUUUGUUUAGCCGCUUACGGAAAAAAAAGAACAAUAUUUGAAUUCUGUCAGUUUAAUCUGAAAAUGUUUAUAUUAUCAUGACAUAAUAGGCAUUGCUUCUACCGUGUCUGAGCAUCAUAUAGUGCUUUUUAAGGAAUAAGUACAUACGUAGCAUUCAGCAUGCAAAAUUCACGUUUGCAGUUUGGUGUGCAGUGCUUUUCUACAGCGACAUGUUACGAAAUUUCGAUCACCAGGUUAUAUUAUAUUUAUUUUGGGGGGAAAUUUUUAACGAACCUUCUGAUUUCACAACAUAGGCUAUUCUUCGGUAGGUGAGCAACUGUGAGGGAGAGCCGGGAUAGCUCAGUCGGUAUAGCGACUGGCUACGAGCUGGACGGCUAAGGGAUCGGAAUUCCAAACCCGUUGGUGUCAAGAAUUUUCUCUUCUUCAUGGCGUACAGACCGGCUCUGAGGCCCAACCAGCCUCCUAUCCAGUGGGUAC